ACUGACUUAAUUAAAAUAUUGAGUUGAUAUUGAAUACACGGAUGCGCACACAACUAUACAUUAUCAGUUGCCUCCUUCCCUUCUUUUCCACUGAAUCCACUUUAAAACGAUCCAGGCAUAAACAAUCAAAGGUAAAAUCUGUUUGUCGAUCAAACCCCUGACAGAAAUAACCACUGAGAAGGAUGAAAGCCCGGCAGCCGGCAGCCCGGUCAUCUCAUUGGAUGUUUGGUAGCGUCCUCACCGCAAAGAUCCAUCAUCCGAGCAACUCAAUCAAGGCACAGGCAGUAAUGGCUGUAAAAGACACCUGUUACGGCUAAACGAUUUUUACAAAAAAGUGAUUAUUUACAGCGAUUGUUUUACCAGGGAUUUCUGUUCAUCAUGAAGUUAAAGAUCAGUCUGGAUGCGGUGCGCGUGCACUGAGGACGCUGGAAAGAUUCCCAUGAUGGCUCUGACCUGCCUUUGCGAGUCUAUGAAUGGAUCAGACCAGGCUUAUGUGUUCUGCAACAGCUCUACAUUCAACUUUACCGGCGACGAGAGUGGGCGCUGUCACCUUCAGACCGUAGAUGAAGUUCUGUUCAGUCUUCUGGGCCCUAGACGAUCUCCUUUCUUCUUCCCCGUAACCUUUACGUACAUCCUCAUCUUCAUCACAGGGGUCUUGGGAAACCUCCUCACUUGCACUGUGAUCACUAAAGACAGGAAGAUGCGGACACCCAGCAACCUAUAUCUCUUUAGCCUGGCCAUCUCAGACCUGCUGGUGCUGCUCUUUGGGAUGCCGCUGGAAAUCUACGAGCUGUGGCAGAACUACCCUUUCCCCUUUGGCGAAGGCAUCUGCUGCUUCAAGAUCUUCUUAUUUGAGACGGUUUGUUUUGCUUCUGUGCUCAACGUUACAGUGCUGAGCGUGGAGCGCUACAUAGCUGUUAUUCACCCGCUCAAAACCCGCUACGCCAUAACCAACAAGCACGCUCAAAGGGUCAUCGCCAGUGUUUGGGCACUGUCCCUGCUCUGUGCCAUCCCAAACACCUCACUUCACGGCCUGCAGUACCAGUACCUGCCAGAGAGGGUGCUGGAGUCAGCUACUUGCAACCUGCUCAAGCCCAAAUGGAUGUACAACUUGGUGAUUCAGGUCACCACUGUGCUCUUUUACUUUGUCCCCAUGAUGAUGAUCAGUGUGCUGUAUCUGAUGAUUGGUCUGACACUGGGCAGGGGACAGAAGCAGAGGAAGGACAAGCAGGGCAACCACAGCAGUGGCAGCUGGAAAAUCCAUCUGGACAGUAGACUGAAAAGGCAGGUCAUCAAGAUGCACUUUGUGGUGGUAUUAGUGUUUGCCAUCUGCUGGGCUCCAUUCCACAUUGACCGACUCUUGUGGAGCUUCAUCACGAGUUGGACGGAUCACAUGCAUAACAUUUUCGAAUACGUGCACAUAAUCUCGGGUGUGCUCUUCUACCUCAGCUCCGCCGUUAACCCCAUCAUCUACAACCUGCUCUCCAGCCGUUUCCGAGAACGGUUUCAAGUGCUGAUAUGCAGUCGCCUGUCCACAAACUGUUCUCGUAAUGACUCCACACCUUUCUAUGUAAUUCCCAAAGACCCCCCCACUGAUCUCCAAGAGCAGGAGCGCAGGCGGCCCACUUCCUUUUGUCAUUAUCACCAGCGGGUGGGGACAGAAGAAUGAAUGCUUUCAUCUGAGAAAACAUGUUCUGUAAUCACAUAUAGGCAUCUUUGGUUCCCCUCACUAAAAAUAGAAAAAGAUGAUGAUGUGAAACAUGUCAAUUACAAUACUGUAAAUAAUAAGCAAUUCUUUAAAACCACAUGUAAAUGGACAUACUGGGUUUGGACUGAUAUGGACUAAAAAUGAAAAAUCUGGAAAAAAAAAAAAAAAAAAACGCUGUACAAUUUUGCAGAAAUGCCAUUUAUCAGGUCAUUCAUGGUCAAUAUUACAGUUCUUGUGAACAUUAGUAAAAAAAUGGGAGACAAGUUAAUUGAUUCCUAAAUGACAAAAUCGCUGCUAUGCAUCUGUUUAGACAUGAAAAGGGACAUCUCUGUAUCAAAUGUACUUUAUAAUUCAGAUUGUGUGAAAGCAUAAAUAUUCCUGUUUCUUUAUUUAUAGCUUUUUCAUUCAAAUUAGGCUUUAUGCAUUUAGAUGAUCUAUUUAUGUAGAUUGUAUAGACGUUAUGCUUCAGAGAAACAAGUGUGCAGCCAUCUUUUGAAAUUUGUGUUUGAACUUCUGUUUUUGUGGUAGCUCUGUAUAUUUACAUCUCUGUCGAAGAGUUUAGCUGGUGAAGUGGAUUUACUUAUUGUAGAGGUAACAAAAGUUAUCAUUAGCAUUGUAAUGUUUGAAGCGGAUGUCAUAACAAAUGUAGGUAGACCAGGAAGAUUUUAAAAGAAGACAGAACACAACGAGUUCGGUGCUUAAAAGGGGCGGGUCUAUCUAUCUAUCUAUCUAUCUAUCUAUCUAUCUAUCUAUCUAUCUAUCUAUCUAUCUAUCUAUCUGUCUGUCUGUGUGCAUGUGGAUGGACUGGACAAUGUCCGUUCCAAACGAGUGGUGUCAGUCUUGUUGGGAAUGAGGGAUUUUGUGUGUGUGUGUGUGUGUGUGUGUGUCAUUGGGACACGAACAAAAGGAAACAUGCACAACAUUCCCUGGAUCCAUUUUCCUCCAGCAGAAAAGAAGUAGUAGCAUACUUGUGCCAGAGGGGAGUCAUCAAAAAUACACAAUGAAAGAAGAACAAUAAGAGCUGCAUGGCACAUUAACCAUUUCAGACUAAUAUGGAAAAGUGUGUAUUUUAUGUUUCAAUUAACUGCAGGUGCUUAUCAGAAUGUUGUGUGCAGGGAUUCUGGCUUAAAUAGUGCAAUUAUGCAGUUUUAUUGUCGUUUAGAAAUGUUUGUGCCAAAAGUGCUUCAUUAGAAUUAUAUCAUGAUAUCAUGAGAAAUAGAAUAUUUUUUGUAUCUGUGGAUUGUAACUCUUAAAUACAUUGGAGAACUGUGGCUUUACUUUCAAAUGAAGCAAAUAUCGCUCAUUAUUACGUGUUUCUUUUCUAUUUUAGUGAACUUUUACUGUUGACAGUUUAAUCUAGCAGUUUCAUCUUGCUGUGAGAGAUGAAUGUGUAACUGUCUCAGGGGGAGAUUUUGCUACCUGUAAUUUAUGGAACGAGAGAGAGAGAGAGAGAGAAGAAAUACGACUAGGCUUAACACCAAAUUCAUAUAUGAUACAAAAAUCAUUUGCAAGUAUAGACAUAAACGAGUUUUGCACACUCUUUAAAAAAGGUUUUGAAUAGGUUAUCUGUUAUAAAUUCAGUUUCAGAGGAUAAGUUAUUCAAAACUGUCUGUUUUACCCACAAAACAAAAUUAGGUUUUAAUUGCAGAAACCCAGGGUUUAUUUUGGUAUGUUAAGCAUUAUGUAUUAAUCAGAUUUUUUUCUUGUUUUUUGUUUGAAAAUAAAUUGUAUUCAAUUGCCUCUAUAUAGAUCAAGCACAAAUUGACAAAAAACAAACUCAUUUGCAUUCUCCUAAUUCCAUUCUUAUCUCUCAUAAAGUGAAUAUAAUGUGUAGUAUUAUUAUAAUAUUAUUCAGAAACACAUUUAAAGUGCAGUCAUAAGUACAAAGUCUAAAAGUUAGAGCAUUAUAAGAAUUUAUAAUGAUCUUAAAAUUGUUGGCUUUACCACAGAAUGAUUAUUAUGCUCAGUCAUUUUUUCAAUCAUCACCUCAUCAUGCUCAAUCAAACCUUUUGAUGAUUUACUAAUCUAUGCAUUAAUAUUCCUGCAUAGAACGGGACAAGGCUUAUUUUACAUAAAAGACUAUUUAAGCAUUGGAAACAGAAUUUAUUUCUGCAUAUUCAGUUGCAAUUGCAUAGAAAAUUAAAUUGACAGUGAUUUAGUGAGACUAAUUUAGCAAGGUCUCCAUAAGAGCCUAUUAUUUGUAUAUGUUAUUUUGCUUCAAAGUAGAUGAUUUAUAAUAUUAGAUCCAGAAAAUAGCAUUAAUAAUUUAUGUACAAAGCUAACUGUACAAAAAGGUUUUUAUAUACCUGUCAAAAGUUUGGAGACAAACUUUUUUUUUUUCUUUUUUUUUUAAAUUUGAAAUAAGUUUCAAAAACUCAGC